AUGCUUCACUUCACAAGUCCUCUUUUAAGAAAUGUUGUAUUCAGAAGCCAGUUUGAUAGCAUAAUGAGGAAACGAUGCCUCCAAUAUUUGAAAACUCUUAGAACUCUACAAUACGAUGGGUUUAAGACUAUAUUUUUUGGGGAAACUAGUAUCUCUGAAAGUCUUAUAACUGGAGUUGAUUCUGGUGAUGGAUAUUUAAUGCAAAAUCCAACUUGGUGUAUUGUGCAUGCUGGUAGUAGUCAAGGAUGGGUACCCUGGAAAUACCGACUGUUUCUACGAGAUGAGUUAUGCAUCAAGCAGGAAGAUGACCUCUUCUUUGACUUCUGUGAUGCGAUGAAAAAGGCCUAUGGGAAAUGUGCCAUCGUGGUCAAAGAGCAAAGACAGCAAAAUGAAGCGAGGCAAAAGGAAGAGAAAGAAGCUGAGGACCAGCCCUGUGCCCCGUCGAUCAUUAACUUGACAAGCAUAGCUUGUUGCCCUGAGGUGGCCAAAUCCUAUGGCCAUGAGCUACUUUCUCUGCCUUUCCCUUAUAAUUACCUGAACCCACUAGACUCAGCCUGGUCUACUCUGAAAUGGUUUAUCAUCAAUAACAGAAAAGAGUUUUGUUUUCAGACCAUGGAUAACAUCUAUUCUUACCAGUAUAUACUUUUCAGCAACUUGAUAAGCAAAGGAAUUGAAAGAAUAAGCCCAGGCAAGUGGAAAACAAUAACUAACAAAGUUAGAAGAUGGGAAAAUUACUACCUUGGCAAAUUUUCUUAA